AUGGGGAUGAAAUUUUUGAACAAGAAGGGAUGGCAUACGGGGAGUCUCCGUAACAUCGAGACCGUGUGGAAGGCUGAGCAGAAACAAGAGGCCGAGCAGAAAAAGCUUGAGGAGCUUCGUCUCCAGAUCGUGCAGGAGAGGGAGCGUUCUGAGUUUCGCGCUCUUCAGGAACAAGCCGGUCUGGUCCCGAGGCAAGAGAGAUUGGAGUUUCUGUAUGACUCAGGAUUAUCUGUAGGGAAGGGGAGUGCGAGUGGUUCAGGUCAUGGUGUUUCGUUUCAGAAGGAAGAGCAGCCUUUGGUCAAAGAGGAUAGUACCAGUGAGAAGCCAGAUCAGUCGAAUCCUGGUGCGCUGUUUGAGGAAAAAGCACCUUCUGCUAAUGAUUCUUGGAGGAAACUUCACUCUGACCCUUUGCUUCUCAUCAGGCAGCGCGAGCAGGAAGCUCUCGCCAGAAUCAAGAACAAUCCUGUGAAGAUGGCUCUUAUUCGAAAAUCUGUAGAAGAAAAAGGAAAGGAUAAAGAUGGAGACACAAAGGAGCACAAGAAAAAGCAUCAGCGUAAAAGUGGAAAGCAUCGUAAGCAAUCUUCAUCCAGACACCAUUCUGAUUCGGAGGAAGAUUCUGGUGAAGAGGAUAAAGGAAGAAAAUCCCACCAUGACAAACACUAUGAGAGACGGAGGUCAGAUUUAGACGAUGACUCCAAAAGUCACAAUAAGCAUUAUGAGAGACGGAGGUCAGAUUUGGACGAUGAGUCAAAAAGAAGGGAAAGUCGUGAUAAGCACUAUGAGAGACGAAGGUCAGACUUAGAGGAUGAGUCCAAAAGAAGAGAAGGUCACGAUAAGCACUAUGAGAGACGAAGGUCAGAUAUGGAUGAUGAGUCCAAAAGAAGGGAGAGUCAAGACAAGCACUAUGAAAGACGAAGGUCAGAAUUGGAUGAUGAGUCCAAAAGAAGGGAGAGUCAAGAUAAGCACUAUGAGAGACGAAGGUCAGAUAUGGAUGAUGAAUCUAAAAGAAGAGAAAGUCAUAGAGAAACUCGACCCAGUGAGAAGUAUCGGAAUCACUCCCCUAACAGCCGUUCAGAUAGGGAAAAUCUCAAGAGUUAUGGUCAAGAGGAGAGGAAAAGAAAAACUGAGGAUUCUUUAGACAAUGAAAAAGAAACCUCCAGAGAGAAUGGAUUCCAGAAUAGACGCCGGAAAGGUGGCUCUAAACUAUCAGAAGAAGAGAGAGCUGCUAGGUUUAAGCAAAUGCAGAUGGAUGCAGAGGUGCAUGAGGAACAAAGAUGGAGAAGAUUAAAGAAAGCAGACGAAACUGAUGCAGUGGAAGCUGAUAAGAACAAAGUAUCUGUGGGCAAAAGCUUUUUGGACGAUGCAAAUAAAAGUGUCUAUGGAGUGGAGAAAGGCGGAAGUUCAACAAUUGAAGAAAGUGUGCGUCGCAGGAGUUACUAUUCGCAGCGCGGAACUGAAGCUGAAGGCAAUGCAUUUCGCCGUUGA